UAUAAUCUGUUGUUUGAUAUUAAAAUACUAUCUGUAUCCCAAAAAUGACAUUUUAGUUUUUACAAACUAGUUUUAAAACUAAACUUUUAUUAUGUUUGGUUAAUUUAAAGUAUUUUAUCUAUAUAUCAGUGCAAAGCUAUAUCGAAGUAUAUUAAAAUGGCAGUGAUAGAACAUGUGUCUCGAGUUCGAAGACUUUACAAACUUAUAUUUCGGGUACAUAGAGCUUUACCUGAUGAAUUACGAGUUCUUGGUGACAAUUACGCAAGAGAAGAAUUCAAACGCCACAAAAAUUGCACUCCCGAUGAAGCAAAGAUAUUUUUGAAUGAGUGGACUGAUUAUGCAAUUAAUAUAGCUAAGCAAAUGAAGCCUCUCAGUCAAUCAAAGGGAAAAGGUAUUGGAAAAUAUUUGGACCCCCAAAUGUUGGAAUAUAUGACUGAUGAACAAUUAGUGCAACUUUAUGAAUUACAUAAAGCAGCUUCUCUUGAAGAAGAAGAUACCGAAAAUGAAGCUUCUAGCAAUAAAAAAGGAGAUGGUAGAUAGUAUGCCUUAUUUACUAAAUUAAAAUUAGUAAGGAACAAUCAUAGCAAAUUGUAACAUUGAUAUGUAAUUGUAUAAAAACCUAUUAUAAUUAUAUUUCUCUUAUUUGUACUAUAUUGAAGUGUGUAAAAUAUCAUUAACUAUAUUUUUAAUACUUUCCAGGUUUCUUAUAUUAUCAAAUGCCCUUUUUUACAAUAGAUUUAUAUAUUUUAAGCAUUGAUUUGUUAUGUAUGAUUUCAUUUUAGUUUUAAGAGUAAGGUGCGUUUUAAAUAGUAUAAAUGUCUUGUUUCUUACUUCGGAUUCAUUCUUUUUAUAGUAGAUUGUGAUUAUAUUAAAGAUACUUAUUACCUCCCUUAGUAUACUUUAAUAUAGAAAAUGUUUUGAUGAAUCAAGUAGUUGAAGAUAUGGCUAGUCAAAAUAGUUAUAAGAAUAGUAAAUAAAUGAAUUGAAUAAA